AUGGCUUUAUUACAAAUUUUCAUAUAUCUAGACACUCAUAAUCAGUCAGGAUUAUGUGCCAAACCCAUAGAACCUUAUUAUGGAAGAAAAAUAGGAAGAUUAGUCGAAUUCGCCCACGGUAUAAAAGGAACUGCAUACGCGGUAGAUGAGAGUACGAUAUUCAUCAAAGGAUUUUAUUAUGACGGCACUGGUCCAGACGCUUUCUUCUGGAUCGGCAAUUCUCCAAGGCCUAGUCCAGAGGGAAUAAUCAUACCAUAUCCGGAAGACUACAAUGGCAGGUAA